AGAGCUGUGGGUUUACUUUUCUGCAAGCGCUUUUUAAUCGCGCACUGGUGUGUCAUGGGAUUGGACGUUGAGGGAGGGUUCACCACCAGCGGACCCGUUUCCCAGAUGCGAACCCCGAGGCAAACAGAUGGAACUGGUUUGUCUGGACGGUCCUGUACUUGAAGCUAUUGUAUGGAGGGCCCCUCCGAAAUAGGAAGGGCAGAACAACGUCUUGAAAAUUAUAUGGAAGCCAGAGAGGGACUAGGCUUUGUGAAAGUGAUUAUAGCUGAAUAGAAUGACAAGUAGCUGACAUUUAUCAAGCAUUUAUUGCAUGUCAUGCACCGAGACCUUGAUGGCGCCGUAUUUUCGCACUGUUGACGACUUUUCAGGAUGGUGGGAUCCCCAUUUUAAAGCUAGAGAAACUGCACUGUGGACAGGCGAACUUGCUCCAGAUCUCAGUUUGUGAGAGGAGAAGCUGGGGUUCGGAUAGGCCUGCCUAAAUCCAGAGCAUUUACAUCUGACCGCUGUCCUACGCAGCCCCCACCUUGGCUGGCAGAAUAGUUUCCAAGGUGGGUUUUGAUAUGGGUACCCGGGAGAGCUGUAGUUUGAUGAUGCUGUCCCUCACAAUCAUUGCAGCCUAUUUUGUAUCCUCACAUUGGUUCCCAGAGUUGUUGAGGGGUGCUGCUGAGUUGCUUGUGGAAAGUGUUAGAGGGCCAUUACAGGGAGGAGGUGUUGGGACCGCUCAGUGUGUUGCACAAACUUUAUUCUUUUGUUUUCUGGCAUUUUCCUGUGCAGUUCUCACAUGUAGGGAUGAGGAAGCUAAUCUGGUCACUCUGGUGUGUAUUUUUUGUGUAGAUCUUUUAAAGAUUCUGGUUCUGUGGGAUGGUGGUAUUGUUGACAAUAGGGCAGAGUGACCCGUUGGACCUAAAGGUUAAGGUGACAAGUCACCUUCUUUGGGGUUUUGGGGGGCUCAGUUACUAGAUUUGUAAGACAUUGGGUUGAGUGACAAAGUUCAAGUGAGUCUAAAAUCUCCUCCUUGAAGGGAAGGAGGGCGGGAAAAUGACUAGCUUAUUCUUCAUUCAGUUAAUUGGCCAUUUGACUGCGGUUAUAUGCCAGACACCUUAUUGAGUGCUGGGAACACAACGGUGACAGAAUUGGUGUGAUCUGUGCCCUGACUCAGGAAACAGUCUUCAAGCAAUUGAUUGGGCAGAUAAAUGUGGGAUUACAAGUUACACAGAACAUGCAAUAAAGGAAAGAUAUUGAGUGAAUGAAGAUUAUGAUUUAGACGGAAAUUUAGAGACCUUUUUUGAAUCGAUAAUGUGAGAUGUUACUAGACAACAAUCUUGCAUUCUGAGCUGUGAUUAAAUGUGCGUAACGUAAAGAGUUUGAGAACUUUUGAGCAAGGAUAAUUCUUUUCAUUUCAGUUUCUAUUCUCAUCCAGAUUGUCCUUCCAGCUCACAUUGAAAGACACAUAAACGAGAUUCUUGUUGAAAUCUGCUAAUUCUACUUUUUGAAUACUUAUGAAUAACCACGUAUCUUCAAAACCAUCUACCAUGAAGCUAAAACAGACCAUCAACCCCAUUCUUUUAUAUUUCAUACAUUUUAUAAUAACACUUUAUACUAUUUUAACAUACAUUCCAUUUUACUUUUUAUUUGAGACAAGACAAGAGAAAUCAAACCAAAUUAAAGCAAAGCCUGUAAAUUCAAAACCUGACUCUGCAUACAGAUCUGUUAAUAGUUUGGAUGGCUUGGCCUCAGUAUUGUACCCUGGAUGUGAUACACUAGAUAAAGUUUUUAUGUAUGCAAAAAACAAAUUUAAGGACAAAAGACUCUUGGGAACACGUGAAAUUUUAAAUGAGGAAGAUGAAGUACAACCAAAUGGAAAAAUUUUUAAAAAGGUUAUUCUUGGAAACUAUAAUUGGCUCUCUUAUGAAGAUGUCUUCGUUCGAGCCUUUAAUUUUGGCAAUGGCUUACAGAUGUUGGGCCAGAAACCAAAGACCAACAUUGCCAUCUUCUGUGAGACCAGGGCUGAGUGGAUGAUUGCUGCGCAGGCGUGCUUUAUGUAUAACUUUCAGCUUGUCACAUUAUAUGCUACCCUAGGUGGUCCAGCCAUUGUUCAUGGACUGAAUGAAACAGAGGUGACCAGCAUCAUUACUAGUAAAGAACUCUUACAAUCAAAGUUGAAGGACAUAGUUUCUUUGGUCCCACGUCUGCGACACAUCAUCACAGUGGAUGGGAAGCCACCAACGUGGUCUGAGUUCCCCAAGGGUGUCAUUGUACACACCAUGGCUGCAGUGCAGGCCCUAGGAGCAAAGGCCACCAUGGAAAGCAAACCUCAUAGCAAACCACUGCCCUCAGAUAUUGCAGUAAUCAUGUACACAAGCGGAUCUACAGGACUUCCAAAGGGAGUCAUGAUCUCACACAGUAACAUCAUUGCUGGUAUAACAGGAAUGGCGAGAAGGAUUCCAAAACUGGGUGAGGAAGAUGUAUACAUUGGCUACCUGCCCCUGGCCCACGUUCUAGAGUUGAGUGCUGAGCUUGUUUGUCUUUCUCAUGGAUGCCGCAUUGGCUACUCUUCACCACAGACUUUAGCGGAUCAGUCUUCAAAAAUAAAAAAAGGAAGCAAAGGGGAUACAUCCAUGUUGAAACCAACACUGAUGGCAGCUGUUCCGGAAAUCAUGGAUCGGAUCUACAAGAAUGUCAUGAAUAAAGUGAAUGAAAUGAGUAGUUUUCAGCGGAAUCUGUUUAUUCUUGCCUAUAAUUAUAAAAUGGAACAGAUUUCAAAAGGGAAAAGUACCCCACUGUGUGACAGCUUUGUUUUCCGGAAAGUUCGAAGCUUGCUAGGUGGAAAUACCCGUCUUUUAUUGUGUGGUGGUGCUCCGCUGUCUGCAGCCACACAGAGAUUCAUGAAUAUCUGUUUUUGCUGUCCUGUUGGUCAAGGAUAUGGACUCACUGAGUCAACUGGAGCUGGAACAAUUACAGAAGUGUGGGACUACAAUACUGGUAGAGUGGGAGCACCAUUAGUUUGCUGUGAAAUCAAAUUAAAGAACUGGGAGGAAGGUGGGUACUUUAAUACCGAUAAACCACAUCCCCGAGGUGAAAUUCUUAUUGGUGGCCAAAAUGUGACAAUGGGAUACUACAAAAAUGAAGCAAAAACAAAAGCUGAUUUCUUUGAAGAUGAAAAUGGGCAGAGGUGGCUGUGUACUGGAGAUAUCGGAGAGUUUGACCCUGAUGGUUGUUUGAAGAUUAUUGAUCGAAAAAAGGAUCUUGUAAAACUACAGGCAGGAGAAUAUGUUUCUCUUGGGAAAGUAGAGGCAGCUUUGAAGAAUCUCCCUCUGAUAGAUAACAUUUGUGCAUAUGCAAACAGUUAUCAUUCUUAUGUCAUUGGAUUUGUUGUGCCAAAUCAAAAGGAACUAACAGAACUAGCUCAAAAGAAAGGACUUAAAGGGACUUGGGAAGAGCUGUGUAACAGUAGUGAAAUGGAAAACGAGGUCCUUAAAUUGCUUUCUGAAGCUGCUAUUUCCGCAAGCCUGGAAAAGUUUGAAAUUCCAGUAAAAAUUCGUUUGAGCCCUGAACCGUGGACCCCUGAAACUGGUCUGGUGACAGAUGCCUUCAAGUUGAAACGCAAAGAGCUGAAAACACAUUACCAGGCGGACAUUGAGCGGAUGUAUGGGAGAAAAUAAUUGUUCCCUUUGGCAUCAGUUUGCUACAGUGAGCUCAGAUCAAAUAGGAAAUACUUGAAAUGCAUGUCUCAGACUAUGAGGCAAACUCCAUUCCUCAUAUUAAACCUAAGCUGUUGCUUCUCACCACAUCACCAUUUUUAACUGACAGGAUUAGUAAAAUGUUAAGACAGCAAACUUGUGUCUGUCUCUUUUUUUCUUUUCUUUUCUCCAAUUUACAUUCCAACCUAUGACUGGACUUGUCAGUAGCAGCAUUUUUCUGAGUCAUUGAGGAAGCAGUGAUUUUAAAACCUCGAGUUUUUAAACAUGAUUUAUAUGUUCUGUAUAGUGUUCAGUUUGUAACUUUUUAAAGUUUGGAUGUAUAGAGGGAUAAAUGGGAAAUAUAAAAAUUGGUUAUUUGGGGCUUUUUUACUUAAUGUAUUUAAAAAUCCAAGGGUAUGGAUGUGAAAUUAUGUAAAUUUUAAUGCUUAUGAAUCAAAUCAUUGUUGAACAAAAGAUUUGUUGUUGGCUGUGUAAUUAUUGUCUUGUAUGCAUUUGAGAGAAAUAAAUAUAUCCAUACUUAAGUUUAAGAAAUUGAGACCUUGUGAA